AUGGCGGGCAGACAGUCAGCGCGGCUCCUGGCCCGCCAACUGACCUCGCAAUGCGCGCAUUCUCAACCUCAGGCUCGACGAGCUUUCUCCUCCGCCGCCUCUUACCUGGCCGCGCAUAAUCUCACGAUGCCAGCCAUGUCGCCGACCAUGACGGAAGGCAGUAUAGCCAAGUGGAUGGUCAAAGAGGGGGAGUCGUUUUCCACUGGAGACGUCAUCUUGGAAAUCGAGACCGACAAGGCUACAAUGGACGUUGAAGCCCAGGACGACGGGGUGUUGGCCAAGAUCUUUGCCCAAGACGGCACCAAGGGCAUCCAAGUGGGCACCAGAAUAGCCGUCCUCGCCGACCCCGGCGACGACAUCUCGAGUCUGGAGAUCCCCCCGGACGAUUCCACCCCCGUCAAGUCCGAAGCAGACAACGUCAAGGGCGGAGAAGAUUCCUCGUACGCGAGCUCUGGCGUCGAGAAGGAUGUCAAGGGCACUCCCCAGAACAAGAGGCCGGCAAAGGACAGGCCCCUCACGAGUCCGCGCGGUUCAGGCCAGAACCCGAAGUACCCUCUGUAUCCGUCGGUGAUCGCCCUCAUCCACGAGAACCAUGUCCCCGACGAGGAGGUCCCCAAGAUCCCGGCCACUGGCCCGAACGGCCGCCUCCUGAAGGGCGACGUCCUCGCCUACCUGGGCACGAUUGACCCGGAAUACACGGCUAAACUGGCCGAACGGAUAGAACACCUCGAACACCUGGACCUAAGCAACAUCAAGGUCGUGCAGUCUGCCGCCAAACCCGCCGCCGAGGCCGCUGCUGCUGCGACAGCCGCACCAGAACCUCCCAAAGUCACCAGCGUCAGUCUGCCCAUUUCCUUGGCCGAGGUGCUGAAAGUGCAACACCGGAUCCAAGAGACCUUGGGCGUGACUGUUCCUCUUUCCACCUUCCUUGCCCGUGCCGUCGACCUUGCCAAUGACGACCUGCCGAGACCGAAGGGCCAGAAACCCUCCGCCGACGACCUCUUCAACGCCGUGCUGGGCCUGGACACCGUCCCCUCGACGUCCAGGGGCACCUAUCUCCCGCAGAUCGACGCCCUGCCCAGCUAUCCCAGCAAGAAGCCGGCCCCGCGCCCUGCAGCAGCGGCAAAGAAGCCCGACAUCAUCGAUAUUCUAUCUGGCAAAGCCGUGCCGAAGCAGUCAUCGCGCAGCCCAUUGCCCUCGUCGAGCCCGAGAUUGUCGACCGCGGAUGGCGCCGUGAACGUCUUUAGCCUGACGGUGCCGGCGGGAGAGGAGAAGCGAGCACGCACCUUCCUGGAGCGUGUGAAGACGGUGUUGCAGGUGGAGCCUGGGAAAUUGGUGUUCUGA